AUGGGUGAAAUUCAGUGCGAGCAACCUAAUAAUUCCCUGUACACUUUCGCUGGGAAUCUUAUAGCAGAAAAGCAGACUUUACCUCUCUCUCCAGACCAGCUUUUAUUGCGUGGAUGCAGUCUUAGGAACACGGAACACAUUGUUGGUGCUGUGAUAUUUACUGGUCAUGAGACGAAGGUGAUGAUGAAUGCCAUGAAUGCUCCUUCCAAAAGAAGUACGCUGGAAAAGAAACUCGACAAACUCAUUAUUACUAUCUUCUGUGCCCUUGUCAUAAUGUGCNUGAUUGGAGCUAUAGGCUGUGCAAUCGUGACAGAUCGUGACCACUAUUAUUUGGGUCUUCAAAAGAAAGAUUGGGAAUACCUUAAUGGAAUGACGAUGAUCAAGUUUAUUCAGUCAACUCAGUUUAUUAACCGAGAUCUUCACAUGUAUCAUGCUGAGACAAAUACUCCUGCCUCCGCCAGAACUUUGAAUUUAAAUGAGGAGCUUGGACAGGAACGAAGGUCGACUGGUGCUAUAAGAGAAAAGGGUUUUAAUUUUGAUGAUCCAAGGCUUAUGCGAGGAGGUUGGAGAAACGAACCUAAUCCUGAUCUUUGCAAGUGUUAUUUCCUUCCCUGUUCGUCUAUGAUUUCACUUAUGCCUAUGCAUGUGUUCUUUAUGCUAUGGAAAACAGUUAGUAGUCCUGAGUUGCCUUCUCCUGAAUUUUUUANAUGCCUAGCCAUAUGCCACACUGUCCUUCCUGAAGGUGAUGAGUCCCCCGAGAAGAUUGUUUAUCAAGCUGCAUCUCCAGAUGAAGCUGCUCUAGUUACAGCUGCUAAGAAUUUUGGAUUCUUCUUUUACNGGUUAUUCUCAUUUACGCGUACUCCAACUAUGGUGUAUGUUCNUGAGUCUCACACGGAGCAGAUGGGAAAGAUCCAAGAUGUCUCUUAUGAGAUUCUUAACGNUCUCGAGUUCAACAGUACGAGGAAGCGCCAGUCUGUUGUGUNNCGUNUUUCAGAUGGGAGACUUGUACUCUACUGUAAGGGUGCAGAUACUGUAAUUUUCGAAAGAUUGGCUUACGGUAUGGAUGAUGUUAGAAAAGUAACUGGUUUGCAACACUUUGGAUCGUCUGGGUUGCGUACCCUUUGCCUGGCCUAUAAAGAUUUAAAUCCUGAAGCCUAUGAUAGUUGGAAUGAAAAAUUCAUCCACGCCAAGUCUGCUUUACGAGAUCGUGAGAAGAAGUUAGAUGAGGUUGCAGAACUUAUUGAGAAGGAUCUUAUCCUGAUUGGAUCAACUGCAAUAGAAGACAAGCUUCAGGAAGGGGUACCUACCUGCAUAGAGACCUUAUCAAGAGCUGGGAUUAAGAUCUGGGUGCUGACAGGGGACAAGAUGGAAACUGCAAUUAAUAUCGCAUAUGCUUGCAACUUGAUCAACAAUGAAAUGAAAGAGUUUUUUAUCAGUUCUGAAACUGAUGCAAUCAGGGAAGCUGAAGAAAGGGGUGACCAAGUUGAAAUUGCGCGUGUUAUUAAGGAAGAAGUAAAGAAGGAGCUGAAGAAGAGUCUUGAAGAAGCUCAACAAUACAUGCAUACUGUAGCUAGACCAAAAUUGGCUCUCGUUAUCGAUGGGAAGUGUUUGAUGUAUGCAUUAGACCCCAUUUUACGUAUAACUCUGCUCAGCUUGAGCUUGAACUGUACUUCGGUUGUGUGCUGUCGCGUUUCUCCUUUACAGAAAGCGCAGGUUACAAGCUUGGUGAGAAAAGGGGCUAAAAAAAUGACACUGAGCAUUGGUGAUGGUGCCAACGAUGUUAGCAUGAUUCAAGCNGCUCAUGUUGGUGUAGGAAUAAGUGGGAUGGAGGGAAUGCAAGCUGUGAUGGCUAGUGAUUUUGCCAUUGCUCAGUUUAGAUUUCUUACGGAUUUGCNUCUUGUCCAUGNACGCUGGUCAUAUCUUAGAAUCUGCAAGAGGUGGUCAUGUAUUUCUUCUACAAGAAUAUUACCUUCACUUUGA